AUGGAACAAAAUGAUAACCAAAAUCAAAACCAAAAUCAUAGCCAGAUGCCCGAAGUCCAUACUUAUACGCCUGUGAAACUUACUGAUGCUUUCCGUAGACUAAUGUUUACAAUAGAAAAAGGGAAAACUAUUAUAGAAGGUUGUACUAAUGUCGUUUUCAACAUGAAUGAAAGAGUUGCGCCACAGAAAACACAAUUCCUUGGUUGUCGAAAAGACAAGGUGACAGUAGAACUGAAAUGUGCCUUUUUGCAGAUCCUUAACAUCGAAACAGUAGAUCAGGUUUUUGAAGCUGAAGUUUUUGUUCAAGCAAAAUGGCAAGAACCAGCCUUACAAAAGGCAGCAGAGCUAAAUGAUAAAAGCAUGUACGAUCCUACAGAACACUGGAUACCACGAAUGACCGUUUUAAAUGCAGUUGGAGAUUUAGCAUUCAACAGAAGAAAUUUUGCAGUGCAUUUUAAUCAAAAGGGUUACAAAUAUCCAGUUGUUACCUUACUUUGGAGAUUUAAAGGCACAUUUCGAGAAAAUUUGGAGUUAAAACAUUUCCCUUUUGACGUUCAGGAUUUAUCUUUAGAGUUAUCUACAGAAAGGUCGGCCGAUGAAGUUCAUUUAAUCGAAGAUCAACAGGCCCUUUCUACAGUGAAUACCAGGACCUUUGAAGAUGCUGGAGAAUGGGACUUAUACGAACAUGUUGAAACAUUCAGAUAUUCAACAACAAGGGAAUAUAUUAGUUCGACCGUCCAUCCUAUUAUAUUCGCCCAAUGCCGAGUCAAGAGAAAAAUUGGGUUUUAUAUGUGGAAUAUUGUUUUCAUCGUGGCAUUGAUUUCAAUUUCUACAUUUUGUAUGGCAACAGAAGAACCAAACACGGUAGAUAGAAUGUAUAAUAAUGUCACAUUGUUAAUGACUGCUUUUAUUUUUAAAAUGGCUAUUCACCAGUCCUUACCUACCAUAUCGUAUCUUACUUAUUUGGAUGUCUACGUGAUAGUCACCUUGGUGUUUCUGUGCCUACAGAUUGCUGAAAAUUCUUUGAUGGCCUGUCUCAGCAAGAAAAUUACAAAACAAAAACUAUAUACUUGGGAUGUUUUCUGUAUUGAAACUAUUGCUGUAAUUUAUGUCUUAUUCCAUAUCAUGUUCCUCGUAUAUAUCUACCUUACGGUAGUGACAGUUAAAUUGUGA